CAAAUAACAACACUGUUAAAACAAAAUAAUAAUUUAUUUGCCAACAACCUCUUUAAACUAGGAUAUACUAAGGUUGAAAACCAUUAUAUACCAAUUGAAGUAUCAAUUUCUAUUAGACAAAAAGCUUACUGUAUAGUUCUACCUGAACAAGACUUUAUUAAGAAAGAAAUCAAUAAAAUGCUAAAAAAUGAUUUAAUUCAACCAUAUGAAAGUCCUUGA